AUGACCACUUCAACCAGGCGGACUCCUUGGGAAAACAACAGACAACCAGGUGGACCCGACAGCCUGUCGGUAUUAUUCAAUUGGCUCAAGGGCGGCAAUCAUUAUGCCCGAUGGCGAGGAGGUCAAAACAAGACAUUGUUCUAUUGGGAUCUCCUAGCUGAAUUCACUAAGCACGGCAUACACCAUCACACUCGGUCUGAUGCCAAUGUGAUGCUCAGCUACCUUCAAAUGAGCUACAACGCCGGGUCACACUUCCUGACGAAGAAUGGUGACCCGUUGGCCUCGGGCAAUUGUUCUCGUGAUCAUCCUACCAUACAAGGUCAGCUGCUGGCGGUUGUCAUAAACUAUAACGUAGAUUGUGAGCGCUGA